CUGAAAGAAGACGACGGACUAGUCCCCGGGGUCCGGGCUGAGGUCUUGGCUCGAGGGCGCAGCUGUCCGGCUCCGGGCAGCGUCGCCUCGGUGGCUUAGGAGACGGUUGCGCAAGGAACCGGCCGGAGGCUCGGAAGAGGGAUGCGCGGGGCGUUGCCUCCGACCCGCCGCCGCCGCCGCCGCCCGAAGUCCCAGAGGAGCUGAGGGAGGCGACGCCGAAGCGCUGGCCCGCAGUGGCCCGGGCUGCAGCGCGGCCGGCGCAGUAGGGCACUCUCCCGGUUUGUGGACCGACCCGGCUCCGGCGCCGCCGAUCCCGGUCCGGGGUCCGCCCCCCAGGCCCGGCCUGGUUCCCCGCUCCCAGAUGAGCACCGAGGGCGGGCCUCCGCCACCCCCGCCGCGCCCGCCGCCUGCCCCACUCCGCCGAGCGUGCAGCCCGGCGCCCAGCGCGCUCCAGGCCGCCUUGAUGAGCCCGCCACCCGCCGUCACCCUGGAGUCCACUUCGUCGUCGUCAUCAUCAUCCUCUGCCUCCUGUGCCUCGUCCUCUUCUAACUCCGUCAGCGCCUCGACCGGUGCUUGCAAGAGUGCGGCUAGCGGCGGCGGCGCGGGCGCCGGGAGUGGGGGCACCAAGAAGGCGACCUCGGGGCUGCGGCGGCCGGAGAAGCCUCCUUACUCGUACAUCGCGCUCAUCGUCAUGGCCAUCCAGAGCUCGCCCAGCAAGCGCCUGACGCUCAGUGAGAUCUACCAGUUCCUGCAGGCGCGCUUCCCCUUUUUCCGUGGCGCCUACCAGGGCUGGAAGAACUCCGUACGCCACAACCUCUCGCUCAACGAGUGCUUCAUCAAGCUGCCCAAGGGCCUCGGGCGACCGGGCAAGGGCCACUACUGGACCAUCGACCCGGCCAGCGAGUUCAUGUUCGAGGAAGGUUCGUUCCGCCGGCGGCCGCGCGGCUUCAGGCGGAAGUGCCAGGCUCUCAAACCCAUGUACCAUCGCGUGGUGAGCGGCUUGGGCUUCGGGGCCUCUCUGCUGCCCCAGGGCUUCGACUUCCAAGCGCCCCCGUCGGCGCCUCUAGGUUGCCAUGGUCAGGGCGGCUAUGGUGGCCUCGACAUGAUGCCCGCAGGCUAUGAUACAGGGGCGGGUGCUCCGGGCCACGCGCAUCCACACCACCUCCACCACCACCACGUCCCCCACAUGUCGCCCAACCCGGGCUCCACCUAUAUGGCCAGCUGCCCGGUGCCCGCAGGUCCUGCGGGCGUCGGUGCCGCAACAGGUGGUGGAGGUGGCGGCGGGGACUAUGGGCCGGACAGCAGUAGCAGCCCUGUGCCCUCAUCCCCGGCUAUGGCAAGCGCCAUAGAGUGUCACUCGCCCUACACUAGCCCUGCGGCACAUUGGAGCUCCCCUGGCGCUUCACCUUACCUCAAGCAGCCGCCUGCCUUGACGCCAAGCAGUAAUCCCGCGGCCUCUGCUGGUCUGCACCCCAGCAUGUCUUCCUACUCGUUGGAGCAGAGCUACUUGCACCAGAACGCCCGCGAGGACCUCUCAGUUGGACUGCCCCGUUACCAGCAUCACUCCACUCCAGUGUGUGACAGAAAAGAUUUCGUCCUCAAUUUCAAUGGCAUUUCUUCUUUCCACCCUUCCGCUAGUGGCUCUUAUUAUCACCAUCACCACCAGAGCGUGUGCCAAGAUAUUAAGCCCUGUGUUAUGUGAAUGGACAGAGGCCUUGAAGGCCGCUCUCCCUCUUCUGCCCUCUCCUCCUCUCCCCUCCGAGAAGGGCAGCCAGCAACUGCAAAGGACUCACACACUGUGCACGCUGGAUAGCGGAAUAGCAGUAAGUAGCACGCCCAUCACUUAGACAAACACCCAGGGGAGUCCUGCUCACAGAUAUUUGCCAGCCCCGGCCCGUGGAAGAGGAAACCUUUCAAAAGGCAAUGUCCCAGAAGAGGGGCAGACAGAGGUGGUUACUACAAGUAAGACAUAUGUUACUGUGUGGAGGACAUAAACCUUUUCAGUUCUGGGGUGGCCAUUGCAUUCACUAAUCAGGGUCUGAAAAGGGAGGUGUGUGUGUGUGUGUGUGUGUGUGUGUGUGUGUGUGUGUGUGUGUAUGCUUUUCAAAAUUGCAGUGCUAAAAGCACAGAAUUUCAAGAAAGCCUUCUCUAGUUCCCUGGCUCAGUAGGACAUUUCGCCCGCUCACCUUCAGCCCCCCAACACUCCCUUCGGAUACAGGUGCCAAAGAACAUUGUGAAGAAAUGAAGAACCGAUAGUCUAGUUUAAGAAAGUGGCUCCCAGUAUUGUGACAGUACAUUUUUACAAGGUUGUUUUUUCUACCACCGUAUUUUAAAAGUAUUUUUAUGAUCUUCGUAUACUCACACUUCGCUUGUAUUGUAAAAGGAGGGUAUAUUUGCACUUAUGUAUACUUUUACAGUUUGCCAAGAUAUUUUGAUGUAAGGUUUUUUUUUUUUUCAAUAAAAUGUGUAUAACAAGU